AUGGAUUCAGGAGAGAAGCGCCUCAAUGAGCUCGGCUACAAGCAAGAGCUCAGAAGAGAAAUGUGUUCACAGGGAUUACGCCGUUGUACGGAUCGAGCUUGCUGUACGCAGGGCCAGCGAGCUUGGUUUGGGGUUGGGUUGUGGUCUCAUUCUUCGUUUGGUUUGUUGGGAUCUUCCAGGCGGAGAACUCUGUCCUCUUUCCCUACUACAGGUUCUCUGUACUUCUGGGCUGCUCAUUUGGCUGGUCCAGUCUGGGGUCCAUUUGCAUCAUGGUGCUGUGCUUGGCUCGAGACAAUUGGCCUUGUUGCUGGCAUUGGAACACAGGCUUAUGCAGGAUCACAAACUUUGCAAAGUAUCAUUUUAUUAUGCACCGGCACAAAUAAAGGUGGAGGAUACUUCGCUCCUCGUGGUGUAUUUCUAGCAAUGUACAUUGGACUCACACUCAUAUGGGCAUUCCUCAAUACAUUUGCAUUAGAAGUUAUUGCCUUCAUUGACAUAAUUUCUAUUUGGUGGCAGGUUAUCGGAGGCUUAAUUAUAGUUAUCACACUUCCGUUGGUAUCAUUAUCUACUCAACCUGCUUCAUUUGUGUUCUCUCAUUUUGAGACAGCACCAGAUUCAACCGGAAUUAGGAGCAGUGCAUAUGCAGCUAUUUUAUCAUUACUUGUUAGCCAAUAUUCUUUAUAUGGAUACGAUGCGGCAGCACAUCUAACAGAGGAAACAAGGGGUGCAGAUAAAAAUGGUCCAAUUGCUAUUCUUUCUAGUAUAGGGAUCAUCUCAAUAUUUGGAUGGGCUUAUAUUUUGGCGCUCACUUUCAGCAUUCAGAAUUUUGACUAUCUAUAUGAUGUUUCUAAUGAGACUGCUGGAGCUUUUGUACCAGCACAGAUAUUAUACGAUGCAUUUCAUGGGAGAUAUCAUAACUCUAGUGGGGCCAUUAUCUUGUUGUUCAUCAUCUGGGGUUCCUUCUUCUUUGGGGGCCUCUCAAUUACUACAAGUGCAGCCAGAGUGGUUUAUGCAUUAUCAAGGGAUCAAGGAAUUCCAUUCUCAUCCAUAUGGAAAAAAGUGCACCCAAAGCACAAGGUCCCUUCAAAUGCAGUGUGGCUUUGUGCAGGCCUGUGCAUUCUCCUUGGACUUCCUAUCCUCAAACUCGACGUUGUUUUCACUGCCAUCACUUCUGUAUGCACAAUUGGAUGGGUCGGUGGCUAUGCAGUUCCGAUCUUUGCUAGGAUGGUCAUGGCUGAAAAGAAUUUCAAGGCGGGCCCCUUUUAUCUUGGGAGAGCAAGAAGGCCGAUAUGCUUGGUGGCAUUUUUAUGGAUAUGUUACACUUGCUCGGUAUUUCUAUUGCCUACGUCUUAUCCUAUAAAAUGGGGUACCUUUAAUUAUGCGCCUGUUGCUUUGGGGGUCUGUAUGAGUCUGAUAAUGCUGUGGUGGAUUCUUGAUGCAAGGAAAUGGUUCAAAGGCCCAGUUAGAAACAUUGAUAGCCAGAAUGGAAAGGUCUAAUUUUAUAGAAGUUAUGUAACAUAGAUAUCACUAUAUGUUUAAGGUUUAUGAUGAAGUUAUAUGGUUCAAUUGUGUAUGUAUUGCUAGGAUUAUGAUCUUAGUGGAUAGUGACUCUUUUCAAUCUGAUUAAUAUACCAUUGAAAAUCGCAGAAUUCAUUUGUAUCUCAUCAUUUUUAUUGUUUGA